AAGUGACACGAUCAGUGUUGUUGGUUGAUACAUUUCCAUUUCAUUUCAUUUCAUUUUCAGUUGAGCUGUUUCGAAGCCUUCCAAUUCCGCGCUAAAUGAGAUCCAGAUCGAGCCAAUAAAGAGAGAGAGAGAGAGAGAGAGAGAGAGAGAGAGAGAGAGAAAGAGAAAGAGAGAGAGAAGAUGAGUGAAGGCCAGAGGUUCCAGUUGGGAACAAUUGGAGCUUUGAGUUUGUCGGUGGUUUCAUCUGUUUCCAUUGUGAUUUGCAACAAGGCGCUUAUAAGCUCGCUCGGUUUCACUUUUGCCACAACUUUGACUAGCUGGCAUCUUCUGGUUACAUUUUGUUCUCUUCACGUGGCAUUAUGGAUGAAAUUGUUUGAGCACAAGCCUUUUGAUCCUAGAGCUGUUAUGGGAUUUGGCAUAUUGAAUGGAAUAUCCAUUGGGCUUUUGAAUCUUAGCUUGGGUUUCAAUUCUGUUGGUUUCUACCAGAUGACGAAACUUGCAAUCAUCCCCUGCACUGUUCUUUUGGAGACCAUAUUCUUCAGAAAGCAAUUCAGUCGGAGUAUCCAGUUUUCACUAGCCAUCCUUCUUGUGGGUGUUGGAAUUGCAACCGUGACUGAUCUUCAGCUUAAUGUUCUGGGUUCUGUCAUGUCGCUACUUGCAGUUAUUACAACUUGUGUCGCUCAGAUUAUGACCAAUACCAUCCAGAAGAAGUUCAAAGUUUCUUCAACUCAACUUCUUUAUCAGUCUUGCCCCUAUCAGGCGAUGACUUUGUUCAUUGUUGGUCCAUUUCUAGAUGGGCUUUUGACCAACCAAAAUGUGUUUGCUUUUAAAUAUACCCCUCAAGUGUUGGUGAGAAUUAAAUGUCUAUCCUCUUUUUUUUNAAGGUUCCAAAUGAAUUGA